GGUUGCUUUCCCUCCUCCAAUAAGAAGACUAAUGGGCGGCAAAUUUUAAACGAUGCUAUGUUCUUCCGUUAUGCCCUGCAUCAUCCUUCCGUUAGUUGCUUCCUUUAGUUACUUGGUUGCCUGCAUCACCAAUCUACCUGCUUGUUUCCGGCCAUCCUUGCAUCAGGCCGACACAACAAACUUCAAAGGUGGGUUUACUUCAUUCCUUUUUUGUCGGUGUUUCCCCCAAAGCUCUUUGCCGCCUCAAUUAAGCUUCUUAAGGCGAGUCGCUCUUUAUUUCUCACGUUAUUCUUUUUGCCACUCUUUCUUCUCCUUCUUUUUCUUUCUUCUUGAAAAGGAACCGCCCUCCUUUCCGACCAAUAAAAAGAGUGAAAGACUGGACACAGUGCUUUUAUGGUAUAUGGCGGUGAGCAACUCCUGUGACAUAUGAUUCCCAUCAGCGAGGCGUUUCAUCGACUUCACGUACUCUCCCAAUCGGAAGGCGUUUCAUCGACUUCUCUUCUUCUUAACGCCAUACUAUAUUAUCUUUGUCUCGCUUUUCUUCUCCUUCUCCCUGUGACCAAUUGCAGGUUCAGUUUAAGCUAUGCAUUUUAGGGUUUAUUAGGUUGGAUUACAUAUAUAAAAAUAGAUUGUUGUAUCUAGAUUUUUCUCACCUUGUCUUUAACAUGGUCUUUUUACAAUUAUCCAGAGUAGCUGAUGUUACAGUUGAGCCUGAGCCCUGAGGUACAAUCACUCUUUCCUCCACCAUCUUUCCGGGGCUUUUCUAUGUCAAGGGGACGAACAUCAUAUCUUAUGAUUUGAUAUGAGUGUCGGCCCCCACCUUGAAGCUCCUCUAGGCUGCAUCGCUAGCCUACCCUUUGACGCCUCAAUUUCAAUAAAGUUCUUGAACCUCUGUAAAUUGAUUUAUUUAGUUAUUCCUACCUCAAAUCGAAACUACAAGAACUCAUGUUGCCCGCUUAGCCAAAAAACAACAUCUGCUUCCAUCAACAAAACAUGUAUGUCUCUCUUUCUAUUCACCAAUCUCAAAAUUGAUUAAUCUCAUCACCGCUCACACUUUUAUAUAUCGAUUCUGUCUUGAGCUAACUAAAAGUUAAUAUAAGCUGUUUUGAGAAUUAACAGAAAUCUAAAAUCCGUGCAUGUGAACGAUCUAAUCAAGCCUUAAGAAAACACGAGGAAGGCGGACGAUAUCAGAGAAAGAGCACAUAUUAUGAAUUUCAUGUACCAGUAGCAUUUUUUGCAGUCGCUCCUUGUUAAUGUUCUAUGAAUAUAUAAAAAAGACACAAUGAUUGCAUAAUGUCAACUUUAAAAGCUGACUGAAAACUACAAAACUAAAAUAAUAUUUUUUAUUGUCACCCAUUUACCAAAGAUGUCAUCAUUGGUCUUCUUGUUGAAGAAUUUUUGCAUUGCAGGCAAGCUCUUUGUUAGUGUCUCUACCUUCCUUUCUCAGUUUCAGGUUCCUAUAGAGAUUUCUUCUUCUUCAUAAAAAUCUUUUAAUAUUUUAAAAAGAGCGCAUCCCUCUUUUGAUUCUAAAAAUGAUAGCACGAUUGUUCAUUAUAAUUUAUAGUUGAUGUAUGUUUUCAACUGAAUGAGUUGUAGGAAUUGAACCUCUGGAUCACUAAAGAGGCCAAACAUGUUUCUUAACUAAAGUGGUCUAUAAAUGACUGAAUAGUUAAAGAGAAAUACCUCCAUUUGUAGGAAUAAUAUGUGAAAAAAUAUAUAUUUUCUUCCGUAAUCCAGUUUACAAGCUUGAAAAAUAAUAUAGAGAAAAAAAAAACAUUAUGCAGAACUUUAACUAUGCAAAAACUGGAUGUAAAUGAAUGCAAGAAAUAAACAUGACAGGAAGAUAUAAAUCCAAAAACUAUCCUAAUAUGACUGAAAAGAGAAGACAAUGUGGCUCUUUGAAGAAAGGGAAAUCUUGUAAAAAACUUUAAAUCUAUUUUUUAACAUGUUAUUGUUCUUUUGGCAACACAUGCAUCGUGUUACCACGCCAAGUGGAGGAAUCAAUGAAUAUCUACACUGGCUCCCAGUUUGUGUCCAUAAACAGAUAUAUUACAUCAUCAGACUGCUUUACAGCUAUUCACAAGUUAUGUUUACAACUAAAGGGAGUAAAGUCAAAUCUUUAACCACAGAAAAUGGUGGUAAUGUAGGCUUAUCCUCUAUACUUGAAGUUGAUGUUAAUUCAAUAUUAACAAUAACAAGAGGAACUGCUGACAAGGAUGAGCCUUUAUUGGUGGUUGCAUGUGGUAGAGACACCAUAUCAAUUGCUAGCUCUAUAAAAAGAUUAACAUCUGAAAAUGUGUUUGUUGUUCAAAUUCAACAUCCAAGAAGACAAGUGAGUAGGUUUGAUUUGGUGUUUUCUCCUCAACAUGAUUAUUAUGCUCUUACCCCUCAUGCACAAGAGUAGGUUCCUGAGUUUCUUCACAAGUAUAUGACUCCUGAUGAGCCCCCUACUAAGAAUGUGGUAUGUCUUAAUCCGAUGCAUCAAGUUGAUUCUGCUGCACUUUGUAGUGUUGCUAUUGCCUGGCAUGAUGAGUUUGCACGUUUACCAAAACCCUUAAUCGUGGUCAGCAUUGGGGGUAAAAAAGGUCGAUGUAGAUAUAGUACAGACCUUGCAAAGCAGUUAACUACCUAUUUCAAGGGUGUUCUUGAUACCUAUGGGAGUGUAAGAAUUUCUUUUUCAAGAAGAACUCCAGUUAAGAUUGCAACUUAUGUGAGAAAAGAACUCGCAGAAUUUCGAAAAAUCUAUAUAUGGGAUAACAAAGAACCAAAUCCACACAUGGGACAUUUAGCAUGGGCAUAUGCAUUCAUUAUCAUAGCAGAUUCAAUCAGCAUGCUGAGUGAAGCCUGCAGCACUGGGUACUCUACUCUACUUACUUGCUACAAUGUACAAACAAGAAGUCAAAAAGUCAACCAUUUUGUUUUUAUAACAUUGUACUUUCCUUUUUUUCUUUUUUUUUAAUUGAAAACCUGUAUAUGUCAUUGGAGCUGAGCGAUGUAAAUGGAAAUUUGGAGAAUUUCAUAAAACUUUAAAAUAAAGAGGGUCUUAGGCCAUUUAUAGGCCGUGAGGA